AUGCUUAUACUCGCAUCGUACUUUGGAUUGUUUGCAGUCCUCACAGGCGCCCCGCCCGACUUCUGUGGCAAUUCACCGGCCGAGGCCAUGGCGGCCCGUUGCUUGUUUGAGGCCAAUAAUUUCGCCUGGCAUCAUCCGUUCUGCUUCAAUGCGGACCAAGAGGGAGAUUGGCGCCAUGGCCCCUGGUCGAGCGAUUUGGAGUUCUGGAGGGAGCAUGACAGUGACUGGGACGGGGUCGGCCGCAUCUCCAACGAAGAGGCCUUCGCCGGCCAGAUCCAAAUGGUUUGGAUCAAUACGCUGCAACAUCGCCGCCACUGCCUGCAUAUCUGA